UCUGAUGUGUAUUUGCUUUUAGGUGAAUUUGUUCAUUAGAGUGUCAUGUGAGCCCGCUUUCUGUCAUUUACACUUCAUCGCCGACGUUUAUCGGCUUACAUUAUUUUUCGUGGCGCGUUUAUAUGGUGUUUUACGGGCCAGAGCUGAAGUUGUAUUGUAGUAUGAGAGCCUGAAAAGGAAAAGCUAGUUCUUCAAACAUCGGUGAGCAGACACCGAGCAUCUCCUCCAGACACUGCACCAGGCUGGCUAGCUCAGUGCAGCGUUAAAUCACGUUUAUAAAGCGCAGUGUGGAUCCGUGCAGGGACAUUGGAGCUUGCGUCUCUGGAAAAGAGCUCCUGUCCUGAUUUGGCUGUGAGGACAAAACACCAGUCGGCUACGCGGCCUGACAAGAGUCUAAGAUGCCCUAGGCGGGGAGAAGGGGAAUGUAAAUGGCUUCCAAAGUAAAAGAUGCUGUGGUGUGGUACCAGAAAAAGAUUGGCGCCUAUGACCAACAGAUAUGGGAGAAGUCAGUGGAGCAGCGGGAAAUAAAGUUUAUUUCUCUGGGCUUUAGGAAUAAGCCAAAGAAGACAGGACAUGUCAAACCAGACCUUAUAGAUGUGGAUUUGGUUAGAGGUUCAGCGUUUGCCAAGGCCAAACCAGAUAGUCCGUGGACGUCCCUGACCCGGAAAGGCAUCGUCAGAGUCGUCUUCUUCCCGUUCUUUUAUCGAUGGUGGAUCCAGGUUACCUCCAGAACCAUCUACCUCUUACUGCUGGCUCUCUAUCUGCUGCAAGUUGCAGCAGCAGCCCUGUACGCGAUCAUCCCCCAGCCUCAUGGGAUACCGACCACCGAGGUGUUUGGAGCCAUCUGGCUCAUGCUGCUGCUGGGCACCGUCCACUGUCAGAUCGUCUCCACCAGGACCCCGAAACCCGUCUCCAGCAGCGGGGGGAAGAGACGCAGUCUUGUAGUCCAAGACAUUUCAUCUCAUAGACAAACGGAGAAAUCAGUCUCCAGGAAGUUGAGGAAGGCAUCUCAGAUGGAGGUGCAUAGGGAAGGCGACGGGUCUAGCACUACCGAUAACACACAGGAGGGGGCGCCACACUCCCACUCAGCCAGCACCACAUACAGCCUGGGCACUCUCUUCCAAGAUUUCUGGCAUGAUAUCUGUAAAGCUGGAUCCAAGAAGUCCAAGCUGUCCAUCGACAAGUCGACCGAGACGGACAACGGAUACGUGUCGCUGGACGGCCGGGUGACGAAUCGCAGCAGCGAGGAGGGGCUUCAGCUCCACGAGCAGCGGUGUGAUUUGCUGAACCGGGCCGAUGAGGUGUGCUGGAACUCUCACGUCCAGCCCGCGCACAUUCACGCGCCCCUCGGCACGGGACUGAUGCUAGCAAGCGGCAACAAGGAGCCAGCAUCGGAUGAGGCGUCCAGCGAGGAGGACCCUGAAGCGUCCUACAGCGCCCUCCGCAGGGGAGUCGAAAGGAUGAACAGCGACUCGACACUCAGAAACCGCAAGAACGCACACCACUACAAGAAACACUUUGCUGUGGAGGACGUUCCCAAGUCUGGCACCAGCUGCAGCUCCAGAUGUUCCAGUCUGAGGACUCAGGACUCGGAGAGCACUCGACACGAGUCCGAGACAGAGGACCUGAUGUGGGAAGACUUCCUGCACUGUGCUGAGUGCAGAUCCUCCUGCACAUCAGAGACAGAGGGAGAAGGAGGAGGGACGCCCGUCUGUCCUCCUGCUAAAAAGGAAUACAGAGACGACCCCUUCCACCAGGGUCACGCUCCCUGGCUGCACAGCUCCAAUCCCGGUUUGGAGAGAGUGAGCGCCAUAGUGUGGGAGGGAAACGAGUGUAAGAAGGCCGACAUGUCCGUUCUGGAGAUCAGCGGGAUGAUCAUGAACCGAGUGAAUCUCUACACGCCUGGUAUUGGUUACCAGGUCUUUGGGAACGUGGUUUCAGUGACGCUCGGCCUCACACCUUUUGUGUACAGGCUGGCUCAGUACAGCGACUGGGAUCAGCUGACCACGCUCUCGGCCAAUGAGCUGCUGUCUGUGGCACUGGGGGGCGGGUCUGGAUCGGACGCCUUGGUCAUCACCAUGGUAACCCUCAGCUUCCUGGUACGCGUUUGCCUGAUAUGGCUCUUCUUCUUCCUGCUCAGUGUGGCAGAGAGGACCUACAAGCAGAGGCUGCUGUUUGCCAAACUGUUUGGUCACCUGACUUCGGCCCGCAGAGCCAGGAAGUCUGAGGUCCCCCAUUUUAGACUGAAGAAAGUCCAGAACAUCAAGAUGUGGCUGUCGCUACGCUCCUACCUCAAGAGACGGGGUCCUCAGCGUUCAGUGGAUGUGAUCGUGUCGUCUGCCUUCCUGCUUACUCUGUCUGUCGUCUUCAUCUGCUGUGCCCAGUUGCUCCACAUCCAUGAAACCUUCCUGGAGUGUCACUAUAACUGGGAGCUGGUGAUCUGGUGCUCCAGUCUGUCUCUGUUCCUGCUCAGGUUCGUCACUCUGGGCUCUGAGACCAGCAAGAAGUACAGCAACACCUCCAUACUGCUCACCGAACAGAUCAACCUGUAUCUGAAGAUGGAGAAGAAGCCAAAUAAGAAAGAGGAGCUGACACUGGUGAACAACGUCCUAAAACUGGCUACCAAACUACUCAAGGAGUUGGAUACUCCUUUCAGGCUGUAUGGUUUGACUAUGAACCCUCUGCUCUACAACAUCACCCAGGUGGUCAUCCUGUCUGCCGUGUCAGGAGUCAUAUCUGACCUGUUAGGAUUUAACCUGAAGCUGUGGAAGAUUAAAUCGUGACAGUGAACGGAGAACGGGCGUCGGCCUUCACUCUCACUGACUGACUCACUGAAUGCUCGUCUGACUGAUUUAAACGGGUCGACUGACUGAAAGUCCGAACGUCUCGACAUAUUGGAGUGCUUUCACCGUCAACGUUCUCACUUUGUGCAAUUCAAAGCCUAUUUAUUUACCCACUCAGUGUUUUCUACUUAGGGUUUAUUUGAAUUGUAGUUUGUUUAACGUUUUGUGUUCUAUGACACAAACGAAUGCUAUAUUUGACCUGUCUACAGCAAGUGUUAGUAUUAUUAUUACUAAGCAUAAGUUAUGUUUAAUGUGACGGUUUAGGAUCUCGGCUGCAUUCGCAACGGUUCCGUUUUCAUUUCAUUCGCACGUUUGAAGGCAAAGUAUCGAGCUGUCGAUGGGACAACUAUCAUUUUAUUGUAAGUUUUCGUGUCGUUAUUUGCUAUAACGUAAGGUUAUUAUUUAUAUGUUAAGUACAUUUUAAAACUGAAUUUCAAACUGUUACAACCGUGAGUCUUCUUUUUGUUUUUUAGAAUACACAUUCUACUCCAGUGGUUUUCUGCAGACAAAAAAUACAUUUGGUGGAAGAUGAGUCUCCAGUUGAAUUGCAAACCUAAUGGUUUGAAUAAAUAAUCAAAACGUAUCUUUACAGAUGCAAGCAGAGCAUAUCCUCAUAAAACUACAUUUACAAGGGUACUUUAUGAUCUCAAACUUGGCAGAUUUGGUGAAAACAAUGGUCCACCGACAUUAAAUACAUUAAAUUACUGGCAUUUCACAGAUGACAUCUAUUCCCUAUUCAUACCAGCGCUGUCUGUCUGUUGAUGGAUGGAACCAUUCUGUAUUUAAAGUUUUUAAUUUGCCGACUUACCUGAGAAAAUAGUUCCCAGGUUUGGUUCUUACCGGGGAGGUGAAACACCUCGUGACAUCAGCAAUGCAAAGAAACAAUCCUCCAGUUAAUGGAAACAACAGACGAUAGGUGACAUUAACACAAACCUCUGACGUUUAAAAACAUCCCUUUUUACUGACUUCAGUUUCAUGUCCCACAUCAAUGGAUUUGACAGUAUUCCUGGUAAUGCAUGUGUGCUGUAGUCACAUGUCCUCACAGAAAUGAUCUGCUUAAUAUAACUAAGCAGAGCAGGCCGACUUUUAAGGGCAGAUUAGGACAUUAGCCUAUUCCUCUCGCGUGAAGCUACUUCCUAAAUUACUUAACAUAAGAUCCUUUUGUAUCUGGUUAGAUCUGAGUGACGUGGUUUUGUUGUUUUCGUGAUGAUCCCGAUUUGUUGUUUCUGUGUAAAAUAACAGAUUUGUCUCUCAAACUGACACUGUGGCUGAGGUCCAAUAGUCUUUUCUACUUGGAUACUUCUAGGUCAUUUAACUCGGUUAUACUAAGUGGCAGCCAUGAUGAGAGCUGGUUGGAUUCUUUAAAUGCUAAGGAAAGGUGCAUCAAUGCUUCCUUUCUUAUCUCAUGUAUCAUACGGUACGCUGAGCCAUCCUUUAUGAAAGGAAAGUCCUCGAGGUGAAUCCAUGUCAAUAACAUUCGCCAUCGCAUAUUUACGUAGCCUCGUAUAAGUGCAGUCGUAUCCUCUUGGCACAGCGGUUUUCAGUGUCUUUCCUUGACCUGCUGAUGUUUUUCAUUGAGAUCAAGGAGACGGGUGUUCGGCAAAGACGUAGUUUGAUUUGACAGCCUGUGUCAGAAUUCUGACACUCAAAGAAGAAGGCGGGACAAUAAAUGAGUGAUUUCUGAGUGUUAAAGUUCUGCUCUAUAUAGUGCCCCCAAAUAUUCCACAAAGGGAAAGUGAUAUUCUAUUCUAAAAUAUAUAAUUAUAUCGUACAACACAUUCACAUACAUAAAGAAAAACAUUUCAUAUUAAUCAAAAAGGAGGUUUCUUUAUAUUUUCCUCGUGUUGCAGUUUAGCAUCAAAUGUAAUUUCUCUCCCUUGAAGCCAGGGGUUAAUGACGUGUAUGACAGCGUACCAUAACAGCAUGAAUACUUUAGCUCCUGACAUUUUUUUGGGACUGUCUGAUUGGUCAGUUUUCGUCGGCCAAGAUUAGACGGUUCCAUCAUCUACCAGUUUAAAAAAUUCAGUUGAUGUAUAGAACUAGAUAUCACAGAGCUGAUUAGACGGGCGGUUCAUGUGCAUGACAAUUGACGGUAAUAAAAAGUGAAAGUCGACUAGCCUCUGUCUGUCACAGGUUUCUGAACACUGCAGUUAAAGCAGGUCUGAACGAAGAUAUGCACUUUAAAAACAGAUUUAAAAUGGAAGUACAUAAAUUACGUCAUGUUUCAAUGUCAAGAGAUUUUCUUUUUUUGUUUGUACCUCACCAGCUUAAUGUGUGUGCUGUUCAAGCGAGUGCUAGCUCUGAAUUUAUGAAUAUUUUAUUGACAAUUCACAUCACGCUGAAGUAAAUCCCGCAUGGUACAGGAAGCUAUCAUACCCACAGAAAAUAUCUUAAAUGUGACUAAAAGGCUUUUGUUGCCUCAGUUAAUGAGUUAGCAUUCUGCUAACUGCUAGCAUAAUCAUCUUCAGUGUGUUUGAGGGAGAAGACCAAAGUGCUUAUUUUACUUUUUGUUUGUCUCUGCUGGAAAAAAAAUAAUGCAUUUGAAGCAUUAUGCUUUAAAAUAUAUUUGUUUCCCUUUGGAAAUACCUUUUAAGUUGUAUUGUUUUGUUAUUUGGCAUUGUGCUUUUUGUUCUUUCAUCACUCAUUUGUAAAGGUUGUUUCUCAGGCUCGUUGGGAAGGGGAGGCAUGAUUUACUCUGUUUUUGAGGAACAAAUAAGUUUAAAAUGAAUCUAGGUAAAGGACUCUGAUGUCAUUCUGUUUUCAGAGUCUAAAAAUUUCGAUUUUUUUUUUUUUUUUUUAUAAUAAAAAUAAAUGGAUGUUGACUCAAUGAUUGUUUUGUUGUCUUUCUGUAUUAUAUGCUGUAUCUACUGCUGGAGGGAUAAUGGAAUUUCACAACAGUGUACACUCAAAUAUAAAGGAACAAAUCUCUGCUUUGACUUUCUUAUGACAUUAUGCUACGACAUUUUUUGUAACAUAAUUACUUUUUAUUGCAUACACUAAUUCAUUAUUUCGACAUGCUAUACAAAAAUUAUUUUCACUUUUUCAGACCUACUAAACUAUGAAUGUUUACUAUUAUGUUUUUAGAACUUUUUUUCGACAUGCUAUACUAUGACGUUUAUAACUCUGCAUCAACUCCCUUCAUCAACACCACGACCAGUGGCUGGACUCCAGCGGGAUUAUGCCUCAUCCGACCUCAGCAUCACCAGCCCUCGAUUGUCUUCCUUCAAGAUGAAGUCCAUUUGCCAAAGACGUUGCACCAUUCAAAUUUGUACAAUGUGUAAUAAAUUAUUGUGAAAUUCUAGUCUCUCCUG